AUGGCCCACCCGCUUUCGCCCGGCGAAGCCCUUGCAAAAAGAGGGCUCGGAGGUGCGCCGCCUGCAUAUGCCCGCCAUCGCGUUCUAACGAAGAGGAUGGAAGUGUUGGGCUCGAAGGGCACAGCGAGCGUGUUAGAUUCAGCUUCCCAAACAAGUGGGGCUGCGUCUCAUACCGCAGACGGAUUCACCAAAUUAGAGGAUUCGGGAACGCCAGGUCAUACUGUGGUUACACCGGAACCGCCCACCGGCCCAGCAUUUGAUGAUCAGCAACUUCCACCCCACCAGAACUUGAGGCCAGAUGAUAAUGUGGUUACAGUUGACCCGCCCACCAAUACAGCAUCUCAUGACCAGAACGAUGGAAUUGAAACCCCAUACCAAGUAACACUGAAGGGUGGAUUGUUACAAGCUGAAAUAAUUGGUCAAGCCUUCGAUGAAUUGAACCUGGUCAAUCACCCACUGGUGAGCCAGGUGGAGGAAAUCCUCAUGAUGAACGCGUUCCAACCAUGGGCAAUGAUGCCAGAGGUGGUGGAAAAGGUUCCAAAGACCAACCUUCUGGGGAAGAUCAAACCAAUGCAGCGGGGGAUGAAAAUGUCGAACCUUCCGGAGAACCAACAGGAGAUGCAAGUGACUCUCGUCAGGAACCACCGCAGGCCUCUGGGGAUGGCCAGACACACGGAUGAAGCAAUCCGGAAGAGAGCACAAGAGAAAGCGGAAAGAAUGAGGAAACAACAACAGGAGCAAAAUUUCAAACCUCCAUCAAAACCAGUUCAAUCGACCACAGGUGAAUCAGGUGUAGAAGAUCCUCAAAAUGGCCGGGGUCCAACCACGGAUGAUAAUCCGACAGGGGAUGGCAGUAGUUCCAAUGACCAACCUUCUGGGGGCUCCGAAGGAAGUGCAAGUGGCCCUCUCAAAACAGAACAGCAGGACUCCAGGGCUCAAAAUAAUCAAAACAACUCCGACAACGAAGAUCUUCUUCCUUCAAGCGAAUUCGUAAAAGGUAUUUUGAAAAAGCAACAAGAAGAAAAAAAGAAAGCUGAGGAGCUGAAGAGACAACAAGCCCAAAAGUUAAAAGAGUUGGAAGAGCAACGCCGAAGAGAAAACCCUUUGGAUCGACCAGAGCAAUCAACCAUGGGGAACCCAAGUGCAGGAAAUACUCAAGGUAAAGGGGAUCCAAAUGUGGAUGAUCCCACUUCAGGGACUGGAAGUGGAUCCAAUUCCCAGCCUUCUGGCGGAGGUGAAAGUAGUCGUCAGAACACAAGCCAGCAGGGCUCCAGUACACAAAAUAAUCAAAAUAACUCCGGCAACAGAAACCAACCUGAGAGCGAUGCGCAACGAAAAACACGAGAGGAUCAGGAAAGAAAAAGUAGACAGCAAGCUGAGGAGGAAAAUAAGAAGAGAGAAGAAGCCCGGUUAGCAAGAGAGAGAAGAGAAGCUGAGAUCAGACGGGAAAAGGAGGAGAGGAAAUUAAAAGAAGAAGCUGAGAGAAAGAGACAGCAAGAGCAAGAAGAAGCCGAAAGAAGACAACAACAGGAAACAGAACAGGCCGAAAGAAGAAGACAACAAGAGGGGAAUGGAAAUCAAAAUGGCAACCAGCACACAGAAAUUCCACAUGAGGAAAGUGCUCGUGAUGGAAAUCCCACAGCUAGCACUGAACCACAUGCAACAAGCCAUGUUGAAGGAGAUAGUGGAAAAGUCCCUCCAACUACCAAAGAAAAUGAAAUCGACGCGGAAGCUGGGAACAAACUCCGAGAAGCAAAUCAAAAGCAUGGAGAACAGAAACCAAAAGGUUUCUUUCUGCGGAAAAAAAGCUCUCUCAAUCCAAGCGAUAAGAUGAACAAUGUGCUCUGUAAAGAUGAACCCUACAACCCGUCUAAUGAGUCUGCGGACAUCAAAGCUGCCAGAGAAGCUGAACAAGGUAAACUCCGCCCUAAAGAAGCAAAUGCAAAUGAGAGGGACCCGCUUUAUGUUAUCCCAGAUCGUGAAGCCAAGCCUAACUAG